AAAUCUUGGUUUUGGUAAUCUGGGGUUGGAGAGGCUGAGCGAGAGCGAAACCCUAACCCUAACCCUAGAUCAGGUUUGGGAGAUGUUAAAGAGAGGAAGAAAGAAUUGGGGAAAAGGAAAAUCAUUUAUAAAGAAUGGCAACGUAAGAUGAUGUUUGAUAAAAUGACUGAAAUAGGUUUGGUUCUCAUCGGUUUAAACAGGUAAAGGUCUGGGAUAGUUUGAUAAUUUUUCAAUUUUAUGGACCCGAACCCGUGUUUUAAAUUUAAUCGUUGAUUGAGCCACUAAAAAUCAACCCUUUUGUUUUAAAAAAACACUUAAAAUUGGGUUAAUUUGGGUUAAAUGGAUAAGUGAUGACAUACAAUUACAAAACAGGGCAACUUUUUUUAAAAAAAAGUAAUUUUUUAAUUGGUGUAAAUCAGCUUCCUUUGUUACUGGGCCGUGUCUGUCUGGUGUACUUGCUCUUAUUCUUCAGUGUCUUAAAAGGCAACGGAUCUUGCUAGCUUUCACUCUUUUGAAUCUGAUUGUUGAAAGGAGAAUUCUAAAAGUUCAGCUGAAACAUGGAAUGAAGUUUUAGCCUUUUAUCUUCCAAGUUUAGAUUUUGAUUGGUUUCAUUUUGGAAUUGGAAUUGUUGUCUUCUGUCUCGUUAACUAAAAGGAAUCAUCAAGGAUUUGAUUAGAUCUAAUACCACGGGUUUGAAUGGAUUUCCAUUUGAAGAACCUGUUUGAUAGAUUCCAGGAGCAAUUUGGUUCUGGUCCUGGCCUCGGUCCUGGAUCAGGGACAUGCCUUAUGAAGGUAGAAGGCAUUUCUUCUAAUUUUAUAAAGUCCCUAUUCAAAGCAUCUGCAGCUCUAUAUAGAACUGAACCUUGGAGAAGAUUGCGCCCAGGACAUUUCUUUGGUGUCCGAGUUGGGAAAGAUUCAGAUUGGUCUGCCAAAAAACAGCCUUUUCCAUGCUCCCAGUUUAUUGGCGGAGAUGGUGGGGAUAUUGGGUUUUAUAUGUUUCGAUCUGAAAAUGAUGCUAAGAAGAUGACAGGCUCAAGGGAGACAAUUCGAGUUCCAAAUGUUGAGCUUCUGAGGGUCACAUAUGAGCUUGAGACAUUAAUGUUUCCUUCCAACCGCAAAAUGAUCAAGUCAUUGUCAUUGGAAGCAUCAGGGAAUGAUCGGUUUCCUGUUGUUGAUGUUGCACGCUGCACAUCUUCAGGUGAGCUUCGGUUUAGGAAUCCUACUGUGGAAGAGCUAAAGUUCGUGUAUGCUUUCAUGAGAGCCAUUUCCCUGGUGCACCCAUUGCUUCAGGUGGAUAAAGAAGGUGGUCCAAACUGGUCUAGAUUGAUAUGUUUUGACCCAUUUAUUGAGACAGUUGACAUUCAGUGGCCUCCAGAAAUGGCUAGAGGUCAUGAACUUGUUGCAGUUACAAUCUCACAUCCACCUGGUCAGGCAUAUGAGGAAAAGACUAGUUCAACAGCCAGCUCAACACCCACCAAGUAUGCAGAGCCACCAGAUGAGGCCAACUUUAUGGAUAUAAGGGUAAACUCAAAUUCAAGCUCAAGGCAGUGUGCAAUGUGUGAGAAAGAAGUUAAUGGAGAUCAAUCUCUCUGCUGCGGGCGAUGUCAAGCAGUGGUCUACUGUGGUUCUCUCUGCCAAAAGCAGCACUGGAAGGAAUCACAUAAAAGCAUGUGUGGUCUGUACAGAGCUAUGAUGGAAAGGGAGGAAGAGCUUGUAAUGAAAAUAUUCAUGUUCCCUUGCUCUGCUGACCAUCCUUGUAAAUGGCUUGAAUCAUUGGGUAUCCAUCAGAAAGGGAUGUGGAGAAGGAAGUGCAGUUGCUAUUCUCACUGCCCUUAUGGUCUCCUUCCAGUUAAAGGUGGGCUAUGGGAUUCAUGGGGUGGGCUAGAUGAUGAAGAGUACCCUCGUGAUUCACCUUUUCACAAUCAUCUAAGAGAUGGGAUCUCAAGCCCUAUCCUUCUUUCUGGUUGGUCCGAGUAUUAUAACCUUCGAUCACUGCCACUGUCAAGCCCUGUUGCUGAUAUUCUUUCCCACCCUUUGACGGUUUAUUAUAUAUUGACGGCUCUCAGUAUCAGUUCAAAGAAUCUUUUACUCAAAGGUAAGGAGGUGAUUCUUCACUACCUGGGGCCUGAAGGAGAGAUGGACUGGAUGCCAGCAUUUGCUGAGAUCAGUCACUUACUAAAUGGGUUGGGUAAUAUACAAAUAGUUAUGGUGGGACCUGAAGUUCCAACGAGCUUGUCAGGCACGACAUCAGGAAUAAGUAGCAGAGUUAGGGUGAAUCUUGUUAGGGGUGUUUAUCAGGAAGAAGCCACCUACUUGCCUUCCCCCCAUGUUAUAGUUGCAUUGAACUGUGUAUUGGAUAGGUACACCAGUUGGGGUGGUGCUCUUGAUUUGAUCAAAGCCAUGGGCGUUCCAGCCUUCUUCACUGAGCAGUCAGAAAUUUUGUGUGCAAAUGCUAAACAGGUUCUACGUGGUGCUGGACUGCACAUCACCCAUCCUGUGACACCAAACCCCUUCCGUUCCCCCGUGAAGAAUCAGGAUUUUUCCAGCAAUCUUCCUUCUUACAGCAAUGGAUUUGUACUGGGGGUAAACACUUGACUUAGAUUCAGACAUUACUGGAUAAUGAAACCUCAGUUUUUCAUGAUUUUAUUUUUACCAGCAGAUAUUGUACACUGCUGAUGGCUUGACCUACUGAUAAGGUAUUGGCUUAUAGACAAUGUACCGAUGAAAAUUUUACUGUAACGUAACCUGUUUCUUUCAUUGAGUUGAAUAAAACUAGUUGAUGUAAACUUUAUGGUUAUUCUGUUAUUUCUGAUUGAUGAAUACAAGGGCUGAGAGCAAGCUUUAUGUUCCUUCUCUGACUGUGAUGCUACUAGAUGUGCAUUCUCUUUAGUUUUUGCCUUGGUGGUGCAUGUCAUUACUCAUGUUGCAUUGACAUUAAUAUUUUGUGUUUCUUUUUACUGAAAUUAUAGAACUGUUUCUAAAGCAUCUGAGUCUAUUGAAAAAUUAGCAGUAGCAAAUAUGUGCGCACUUGAAGCUAAAUUCUAUUUUACGCUGAAAUUCUUGCUGCGUUUAGCUGUUGAUCUGGAAAACCAUCAGAAAUCGCAACCACUUGCCUCUGUUCUUCUUUCCAUUUUUUGUCUCCUUUUUCAUCCCGCAACAUGAAGAGGAUCAAUUACUGGAUUUUAUACCUGCAUAAUGUCCAAUGGCAAUGCUGACGUGGACCUGCAUACUUCUAUAACUUCAUUUG